AUGGGUCGUCCACGAUCGCUCCAUCCGAAAACCAAGCAGAAUCGGCGGGUCAUGAGAGGGAACAAUGACGGCCACCAGGAUAACCAGCAACAUCUCUAUUCCUCGCGGCAGAACGGCAGCGCGAGUGCCCAAUCGCCGGAUCUCAACAUGCCCAUGAUCGACCCUCUUCACAACGCGGCGACCCUGGGACUUCCCGAGAUAGACUACGAUGACUUCGAGAUGGACUUCGAAGCUUUCGAUUCACCCAGUUUCUCGAAUUUGGCACUGAACCUGCAACAGGGCGGAAAUCUGAGUAUUCCAGAGAUGGCAGCAGACUCGUCGCGGCCGCAGAGCAUAGAAGAGCAGAACUUGCAGCGCCUAUGGAGGCUCCAGCAUACACUCAUGGAAAAAGUCCAUUGGGUCGAAAGUCAAGUCGCGGUCCAGCAGAAUGCAAGCACUGACGUGCAUCCCCUCCGAUUUGGUCUUCCGGAUGCUGCAGACGCUCAAAGUGACCAUCCCAUUCACCAGAUGAUGCGGUGCUCACAGACCUUUCUUGAAAUUAUCCAAUCGUUCGUCGCGACGUAUCAAGAGUCCAUUUGCAGCGUCCAGCCGCAGGAGACUAUUUCCUCAAGCAAUGCGUCCGCAGGUGAUGGCGACGAGGACGACUACGAGGAGGAUGACGACGAAGAUGUUCCAAACUCGCCAGUAGAUGAUUCCAAAUACCAUCCCCAGCGAACGCAUUCUGUGCCACCCCUGAGACCGCACUGGUUCGCACUUCCCACCCCUGAAGAUCAGACUGUGUCGCCCGCACCUGGCACAAGCACUCCAUGGCGUCGUCGCAAGUCUGGGAAGCCCAGAAGUGGCUCGGGCAGUGGGAAGACUACGCGUCCUGUAGAGCAGAACUCAGCCCUUCCACCCGCCUGCCAGACACAGUUCCCAAUCUGUCUCACCAUCAUGACCUGCCAUGUUCUUCUCAUUCGCCUGCACCGCAGCGUCCUCACGGACUUGUACACAUCCGUCCGGUCUCUGGUCGCCCGAUACACCCCGGCGGGUGAUCUUACAGGCCGUCUCGCCGUCCUAGACAAUUUCUCCGGCUCAGCGCCUUUCUCCAAUGUGCACUUGGACGGCUCGACGCUGAAGCUGGACGGUGUGCUACAGAUUACAACCGUAUUGCAACUCAGCUGCGACCUGCUAGAACGUACCGAUAAAGGCGUCGAGAUUCUGUUGACAGGCGCCGGACAUGUUCUCUCUGCGCCCGGGACUUAUUUAUCGACCCUUGAGGCGCUCGCACGACAGGAGGCGCGUACUAGCCGCGGUUCCGCAGUCGAAGCCAAUCGACUUGAUGGGGGUCGAGCAGCACGCCUUGCGCCGUUGCGAAUAUUGGUGAAGAAAAUCCGCAAAUGUCUUCAUGAGACUUGCUUGUGA